CUCGAGGGGAGAUGAUCUACCGGAGGACGCAUUUCGCGCCGCUGUCGGUCCAUGGACUUGACGUCAGCGAGGUAUGUACACCACGCGGAUGCAUUCUGCUGGUCUGCGCAUUCUCCUGACUCACGGCAAGGAUGAAAAGGGUGCAACGAUUGAGACAGCGAGAGCUGCUUUGUUCCCUUCAUCGAGAACGUCCAUGCGCAGUCAUGCUAGCGCUGACUGCCACGACCUGUUUCAGGUGUGGACCAGCAAUGACGACAGCGCCGGCAGCAGUACUAUGCUGCUUGGGUACAGUGUGCGAACGUGUCGACGUUCCGGACGUACCUUAACACGUUCGCGGCGUUUGGUCCAGACUUCCCGACAUAAGACUUGGUCGAAAAGACGACCGGGCUGGACGGAUUCCAUCGACUCGACGACGAAGCCGACGCGGCCAUAUGUUUAGACCUGGACGACAACAGUGUAGUACCUUUCAAAGGAUACGAAGCGUUGGAACGGUCAAGGACGCGAUUGUUGGGCGACGACAUCAUUUCUCAGGGAUUGGAAUAAUGGGGACCUGCGACAGUGUUUGCGUUCGUGGAAACUUCUACAUCAUCGUGUGCUCAACAUGUCGUCCACUGCAUGCCCACGUUGGACAUUGUGUCGUUGGUAUCGUCGUCUGAUGACGUGGCAUCGUUCAAUGCGUCCGCGGCCGUGCUGGGCGUAUCGUUUGCCCAAAAAAUCGCCACCAUAUCGCUGUUUUACUCACGUCGUGGUUUCCCAUCCAUAUGAGCCGUGGUUUGAGUUUGCCCUGUACGAGUGGUGGAUAAUAUACAGAGGAGACGUCGUCCAAGGGGAUAUUCUUUCCCCAUGUAUACUACAGUAGUAUUCCUAGACAAAAUAAAAUUAGUAAUAAUAAUAUUAAUACAUUGCA